AGAUGGGACGAACAAAACUAACCCUGGAACUUAGAAAUAACCACAAGGCAUGCCGUGUAACUUUUGAAAAGAGAAGGAAAGGUUUGGAGAAGAAGGCUUAUGAAUUGUCGACUCUAUGUGGAGUCAAAAUAGGCAUGAUUCUCUACGGGCCAGCCGAAGGUGACGAACCAGUCAAGCCUAUAAUUUGGCCUGAAAAUCGUGAAGAGAUUGAAAAUUUGAUCAGCUCCUACAAGAAGAGAUCAGAUGAUGAUUGCAGACAAAGAACCUAUGAUUUGUCAUUUUUCUUCAAGAAUAAAGUGAAGAAAGUUCAAGAAGAGCUUGUGAGAACGCGUAACAAGGACAUUGAAACUAAGUACCCAACUUGGGUUGCAUCGUAUGAUAACUUGACAUACGACGAACUGAAAUACUUUAGUAGUCUUCUGCAGGCUAAGAUUGAGAAUGUCAAGUCUCGAAUUAAUUUGAUGAAUCAGAAUCAAAUGAAUGCUCAAUCAGUUCAAGAAAAUAUAUACGUCUACCAACCUAAGUUGUAUUAUCAGCAGCAGCAAUUUUUGAUGCCACAGAUUAUUGACGGCUCAUUCAAUAUGGCUGAUCCGAGGCUGAUGAUGAUGCCAAUGAAUGAUGGUACAUCGAGUAGUAGCAGCAACUAUAUAUGUAAUGAUGAAGAUACUUUCGGAAAUUAUACGUAUAGCAAUGGUGGUGAAAGCUGGGGCAAUUAUAUUGGCAGUGAAAUCCCUGUUUCCCAUGGUUUAGAGUUCAGGGUACUCGACAAUGUUCCUUUUUCCAAUGCUGAGAUGUGCUGUUAUUUGCCAAACUUGUAUCCAAUGCCUCAGUACUCGCAGUUUCCUGUGUUUUCAAGUCCUACCUUCAACUGCAAGCAGCUAACACUGAAGAUUAUGUGA